AUGGACCAGCCGAUAUCCGAACCUGCGGGCCCUGCUGCGGCGCCCGACGUCAACCUGAAUCGUCCACCUGCAGUCGUACGCAAGCGCAGCAAUUCCGGCACAGGCGGGCUGCUGUCUCGGUUUCCCUUCAUGCGCGCAUCGAGCGAUCAGCAUAGGCCUCGUGCGCGCCGUGGGACCAACGAGAACGAUUCGAAGCCGUCCGCUUCCCCAACCUCGUCACCGACAACUUCGCCUCCAAUACCAUCUUUUCGUACGAUCCCGUCCACAUCGAAUACCUAUACCGGAAACAGCGGCGCUGGCAGUAGUUUAUAUGGUUCCGCACCUCCGCUCUCACAUGCGGCCCUUCAUCAACAAACGAUAUUGCAACAGAAAACGAGGCGACGUAGGGGUUCGCUGAGGAAGGUUGCUCUGUUGGGACGAGGCGCUCAGCGAGAAAGGCGGGAGAGCUACCCGCUCAGCAUCAACACACAGUUCGAGCUAGAUCGUUCCAAUGAAAACAUUGCACGCGCUUCCGGGUCGGGAAGCAACAUCAUCACAUCAAGUCCAGGCUCCAUUAUCAAGGAAAAUAGCAGGAACGGCGGCUUUGGGCUGGGCAUCUCGGGCAUUUCGUCCCAGCCCAGUGCCAGCAUGGAAGAGUCGGACUCUGAAGGGACAUAUACGGCCAAGGGCACGAGCAGCAGCAACAUCACAUCACCCAGUAUGAUGAGCAAUGGCACCGAUGACCCGGCAAUGACGAGCCCCACCAUCAGCUACACCACCACGGACGACGAAGACGCCCUCCACAUGGCCAGCUCCAGAGGGCCAGGUAUCAUGCAUUCUCUCUCCCGCUCCUCGACCAACUCCUCCAUCAGCAGCCUCAACCUCCUCCACCCGGCGCGUGCAUCCGUCUCCUCUUCAACUUCCGACUCCUACUUCCAGACCAUGCCUACCAGUCGUCCUACACGUGGGACCCAGAACACACCCGGUAGCAACGGCACCAGUUCAGCCACCGCCACCUCGAACUCAAUCCAAGGCCGCCGCCGCAGCUCGGUUCAACAACAACGAGCCAAGUCGCCGCUAAGCCUGACGACACCGAUGCCGCCCCAGGAAGCGGUUGACUACUACGACGACUACAGCGACACCGAGUUCUGGGGCUGGAUCAUCUUGCUCUGCACGUGGAUCACGUUCGUGAUUGGGAUGGGCUCAUGCUUCGGCGUGUGGAGCUGGGCAUGGGACGUGGGGACGACGCCCUACGCGCCGCCCGAGUUCGAGGAUGACCCGACACUGCCGAUUGUUGGGUACUAUCCUGCGCUAUUCGUGUUGACGUGGAUGAUGGUGUGGGUGUGGGUGUCGGUGAGCUGGGUGGGGAUGAAGUAUUUUAGACAUGCGAGGGUUGGGGGAGACUGA